AUGUCAGAAGCUACAGGGAGAAGAGGAAAACUGUAUAAGCUGCUAUUAUCCCCCUCCUACAAUGAGAACAUCCAGAACUUCUUGCACGCAGCCUACAGAGGAGGAAUUAAUUCCAACCAAAGUACUAUAGUGCAAUUGGCAUGUACUCUCUUCGUUCAAGCUGGGAUGCAGCUUUCACCUCAAUUCAUUCAGCAGGCUGCAUGGUGGGGAAAUAACACAGUGCAGCAAACCAACUUCAGCGAUCCUAACAGGACCGAAGCACAAAUUAGGGAAUGGAUUACCCAGAAUACAGGAGAAGCAAACUGCCUGUCCUUGGACAUGACUGAGUCUCCCCUUAACCAGAUAGCGGUGGUAAGCACCAUGAACUUCAGAAGCACGUGGCAAAGGAAAUUCACUUUCACACACACUCAAGCUUUGUCCUUUACCAGUCCAGAUGGCAUCACCUUGAAAGUCCCUACCAUGUAUCUCAGAGCGGAAGUCAAUUAUGCUAUGGUGUUGUUAAAAAGAUCCAGAGCGCCUGUCUUCAAAGCUGACAGACCUUUUAAUUUCAUUCUUAGGCAAGCCAGAACAGGUUCAAUUCUGUUCAUAGGAAGACUUACAAAUCCUACACUCUAA